ACAGACUGGCAUUAGCCCGUGGUCAAGACGCCCAGCUCUCGCAGACUUACGCUAGCUAACCGUGCAGUGAACCCCGCGUUCAGGCCCUAUCGAACCCAGUGGAGUGUCGUGAAGCCAUGGCCGUCGCCGCUGCCCAGAAGAAUCGCGAGAUGUUCGCCAUCAAGAAGUCAUACAGCAUCGAGAACGGCUACCCAUCCCGCCGUCGCUCUCUCGUCGACGACGCAAGGUUCGAGACUCUAGUUGUAAAACAGACCAAGCAAAGUGUGCUUGAGGAGGCUCGUGCCCGCGCUAAUGACUCUGGUUUGGAAUCCGAAUUCGUCCAAGAAGGUCACAUUGGCAAGAGUGACAAAGCCACUACUGUCGAAGACGGCAUCUAUCAGGACGAAACCAAGAAUGGUCACCUGGCCGAUGCUGAAAUUAGCGAUGACCGAGAAAAAGAGGGCGAUGAUUACACACUGACCGAAGAGGAAGUGAUCCUGCAAAAUGCUGCUGGCGAAUCUCCAGAAGCGGAACAGGCGAUUCAAGAAGCCGCUUUGUUGCUCCGUAUGCGUGACGGAAUGGGAUCACUGGCGCGCAUCCUCAAGACCAUUGACAACUAUAAGGGGUGCGUCCAGCACCUCGAGACUCGCCCCUCUCAAGCUACUGGCAUCCAGUUUGACGCUCUUGUGAAAGUGAGCAUGUCUCGCAUCAACCUGCUCCAACUUAUCCGAUCUUUGCGACAGUCCACCUCUUUCGCCGGAGUUAACCUUCUCUCUGAGGACAACAUCACAACUAAGACCCCGUGGUUUCCUCGGCAUGCUUCGGAUUUGGACAAUUGCAACCAUUUGAUGACCAAGUAUGAGCCUGAGUUGGAUAUGAACCAUCCAGGAUUCGCCGACAAGGAAUACAGGGAGCGCAGAAAGGAAAUUGCUGAAAUUGCUUUCGGCUACAAAUGUGGAGACCCGAUUCCAUCCAUUACAUACACCGAGAGCGAGAACGCUACCUGGCAACAAGUUUUUAAUACCGUUCUCGACCUGAUGCCCAAGCACGCAUGCCAAGAAUACAAGGCCGCGUUUGAAAAAUUGCAACAGGCUGACAUAUUCGUGCCGCACCGCAUCCCACAGUUGGACGACGUAAGCAACUUUCUGCGGAAACAUACCGGAUUCACACUGCGCCCUGCGGCUGGUUUGCUAACUGCCCGCGACUUCCUCGCCUCGCUCGCCUUCCGUGUGUUCCAGUCUACCCAAUAUGUGCGCCAUGCUAACUCUCCAUUCCACACACCCGAACCUGACUGCAUCCAUGAACUUCUUGGACACAUUCCCCUGCUUGCUGACCCCAGUUUUGCUCAGUUCUCUCAAGAAAUUGGUCUGGCAUCUCUUGGUGCCUCGGACUCUGAAAUUGAAAAACUAUCCACUGUGUACUGGUUUACUGUAGAAUUUGGAUUGUGCAAGGAGAACCACCAACUGAAGGCUUACGGUGCCGCACUUCUGUCUUCCAUUGGAGAGCUGCUGCAUGCUCUGAGUGAUAAACCGGAACUUCGACCCUUCGAACCUGCUAGCACCUCUAUUCAACCCUAUCAAGACCAGGAAUAUCAGCCUAUUUACUAUGUUGCUGAAAGUUUCGAAGAUGCUAAAGACAAGUUCAGACGUUGGGUGUCGACCAUGUCGCGACCAUUCGAGGUGCGCUUCAAUCCCCAUACAGAGCGUGUCGAGGUGCUAGACUCCGUGGACAAACUAGAGACCCUCAUCUGGCAGCUGAACACUGAAAUGCUGCACCUUACUAACGCCGUGAAGAAGCUGAAGGGCUCACAUUUUGAGUAAUCGCCCUAUCUAUAAACACAUCAAUGGUUCAGUGCACGCGGCCUUGCCGCAUUCUGUAUAGCUAGUGAUACUAUUUUGAUUUAAGACUCGACGGCGUGUGUGGAGUGUGAGUGUGAGUGUGAGUGUGAAAGCCAUCGGAUGGUACUUCGUUAAACUCCCUUUUUUGUACCUUAUUGUAUUAUUUAUUAUGCCGAGCUCAUUGCCCGGGUCUCGGAAAGUGCACGGAUCUCCUGAUUGCCCAUUUGCGGAGGCUGUGUCCCUUUUUCGAGUCCUAUUAUUAUUAGUAUUAAUUUAUAAUUUAAAGAAAGACACAAAGAAAUAAAAAAUGGAGCACC